UUAAAGAUGUUUGGUUAUCAUCCAACCGUAUUUUACCCGAAACGACCAGAUAAAAAACUCUUUGAGAACUUAACCGUACAGUGUUCUUCGAUGGAUAUACCAUUUCUUUCUCAUCUAUUGUCAACCAACCUCCUCAAUGAAUCCUACAGCUUAAUUGUGGAUGCCAUCUUUGGCUUUAGUUUCAAGGGAAAUGUGAGGUCACCGUUUGGGGACAUAUUGGAAACCUUGAAGAAGGUGUCAAUGCCAGUUUGUAGCAUUGAUGUGCCAUCAGGUAAGAAACAAAUGUGUGAGGCUGUCAUUCUCUUUAAUAUUUUAUUUUUCUGUUUAUUUCGCAUUUAAUAGGUCAAAUACUUA